AUGAAGAGAAAAGAAGCUCCAAACGGCAAUCACUCCGAAACCAAGAAGGUCAAGCAGCAACAAGCCUAUUACGAUGAUGAUCUUUCGUUUUCACCACCACCAGUCUCAUCGGGUGAUCAUCAAUUAAAUAUUUCAUCAACAUUUGAUGAUAUGACAUCAGGCUCAUUAUCCCAGACGAUGGAUGAUGCUAUGUUGGACGACCAUCAUGAAGAGAGUACUGCUAGUCAAACCACUAAUCAAGCUCAGCCUCAUCUCGGAGGUUCAUUCGGAACGGAAUUGAGUUCUCAAGAAUUCGAAAAUAUUCCAUCAUCACCACCUCCAAAAUCUGCUUCUUCACCAUCAAAAACUCCAUCUUCUACAGACAAAAAGGCUAACCCACCAUCAACACAAAAGAAGAAGGUUGCAGCUGCCAUUGACAAACAACAAUUAUCGGAAAAAGUUGAAAAGGAGCGUCAACUUUUAUUUUCUCAGCUGCAAGGAAAUUCGAAGGACAAUAAGCAACUCUAUGAAGCCUUCAAUAAUCUUCAAACUGUCGUAAACGAACACAAAAUGAAAUUUGAAGCACCUGAACUUGUAGUAGUGGGUAUGCAAUCCGAUGGAAAGAGUUCGUUUGUUGAAGCACUACUAGGAUUCCAAUUUAAUACUGUUGAUACACAAAUUGGAACAAGAAGACCACUAAUUUUACAAAUGACUAACGAUCCAACUGCAGAAAAACCUAUUUGUAACUUUUUCAAAGAAGCUACACCAUCAGAGAUUGAAGAAGAACCAACACCAGUUCCUGAACUUGAGAAAGAAAUUAGGAAAAGAACUGAAGAUCUUUGUGGUAAAUCUAAUGUUAACUCUAGACCAAUUGUACUUCGUGUUAGAUACAAGUAUUGCGCAAAUUUAACAAUUUUUGAUACUCCAGGUUUUAGAAAAGGUGAACAAGAUCCUCUAGCAGAAAGAAUUCAUAAGAUUGUAAUGAAUACUAUCAAACCUCAAAAUAGAAUUAUUAUUGCACUUGAACAAUCAACAGUUGAGUGGUGCAAUACUCAAGUCAGACCACUAAUUAAGCAAGUAGAUCCAAAUUAUGAAAGAACUAUAUUUGUUGUUACAAAAUUCAAUAAUCGAAAUAACCAGUUUAGAGAUGCAAAGGAAGCAAACGAUUAUCUUGCAACAGAUGGGCACAUUCCAGAUCUUUCUAAGGUCUUCUAUAUCUCAUUACCUUCUGGACAUGGUACUCGCAACCUAGCUGAGGAAGAGUUCAAGAAUGAAAUCAUUAAUACCUAUCUUAAGGAUUACAAAAAACUUGCUAAGGUUGGAUUUGAUGAACAAAAGUUCAAGCCACAGAUUGGAUUUUUUAACUUGAAGAGACAUCUCGAAAGAAUGUUAAAUGAAAAAUAUGUAGAAAAUAUCUCUCCAGUUCUGAACAAUAUUGAAACUUCUUUAUCGAAGAGAAAACGAUCACUAGAUUCUGCUAUGAAUGAAUUAUCAGAAAUUGAGAAGGAGAAUAUUGAAGCACAAGUAACACACAUGAUUGGCGCUUUUAUGACAAACUUUGUAAAAGCCCUGAAUGGUACAAAUCAAUUUGACACCCUAAAGAAUGGUCUAACCCUAGAAGAAGAAAGAGUCCAAUCUGGUCAAGAAUGGCCUGGGUUUUCACAACAGCUUCAAGAGAAACUUCCGAUUAGAAAUAGAAAUUUUAAACUUUAUGGAGGUGCUCAACUUGAAAGAUUGUUAUCUGAAUUUGAGGUGGUCUCUCUUGCUCAAGAAUUCCCUCAAACAUCGAACGAUGAAGUUGCUGUCUCUAUUGGUGUUAAUCCAAUGCACACAUCUCCAGAUUAUAUUAGAGGAGUUACUGAUUUAGCUCAAAAGAAGUGUAGAGCUGUAUUCAAACCAUUAAUUGAUUGUCUAUUAAUUAGAAGCAAGUUUGUUAUGAAACAAUUAUUCAAAUUAAUCAUUCGUCACAUGCUCCAGAAUAAUUCUCUAUCUCAAAGAUAUAAGGCUUUCUCAAAUGAGCUUUACAAAGCUUGUGAAGAAUUUAUUGAAUCAAUCAUCAAAGAUGUAAGGAAUAAGACUUCAGAUGAAUUUGAAACAUUUGUAAAGAUCAUGGAUUGGGAUUUAAUUUCAGCACAACCACCAAAGAAAGGGCCUGAAUAUGACUUGUUGCAUCCAAAAGAAGAGGACACUGUUGAACGUGUCAAAGUAGCACUCGAGGAAUCCAAUGAUUCUCUUUAUGUAGUGUUCGAUCAGCUUAAGGGAAGAGAACUAACUGAAGAAAAGUGUGAGAAAAUUAAGAGAGCUGCUGCACAACUGUUUGCAGGUGUUAGAGCAAUGUUUGUCAAGUACAUUCGAGCCAAGUUUAAUGCAUUCUUUUUAGAUCCAAUUUUCACCAAUAUGGAUAAUAAUAUUAGAGUUCAUUUCUCAAAUAUGGGAUCUGACAAGCUAAGAGAUUUAAUGGGACAUAGAGCUUCAUAUCUUAGACAACACAUACCACCUCUUCAAGAUCAGGUCAAUAAGCUUACCCAACACAAGCAAAUGUUUGAAGCACUUGCUGAGCAAUUCCAGGCUCAUUCUGUAUCAUCCCCACCCUUGCAAACUGAAAAUUCCAACAAGGGAAGUAGCAGCGCCUCUCACUCUAGCAAGAGUUCUGUUUCUAAAACUCCAUCACGAGAUUCAUCGCGUGAAGUGUUUGCAACACCAAAGAAGAACCAAUCUCAUUCAAGUGAAAAGAGCAAUGGUACAACUCCUCAUUCAAGCAGCAGAUCUUCGUCCAAAUAA